UGUCUUUUUAUCCAACAGAUACGAUUGAUUUACCAAACAAGCGAAAUAAAGGGAUCAUUUCUCGAAUGAAACGGUCUCUUUCAACCAAUGGCAAUAGACCGCAUAUACCAGUACCAUUAAAGUAGCGUACAAAAUAACAAAGCUGUGCAUUCACACACACAUAUAUAUAUAUGAUAGAUUAUCUUCUAUGACUGUCCCUAUUAGUGAGACGAGUCCAUUCUCUACAACGCCUUCUACAGCCAGUCCUAUGGAUCGUAGUUUUAGUCCUAUUCCAACACCCACCAAAAGUAUAUCCAACUUUUACCCAACACCCACCACACACCUUAGUUAUGAGACCUUCAGUACUUCCAAUCCCAAUCUGUCUGUUCGUUCAUUUGAUAAAAGAGGCUCUCUUGUCAUUGAUUCUUCAAGUAAUCAAGUAAUUCGUGAACAACGUUGUUUUUAUUCUCUCUCUCAUUUUCUCUCUCUCUCUUAGAUAACAAAAAGAAAAGCAUGUUUGAAACAAGAGUAGAAAGAGACAAGCACCAGCUGGUUACUGGAUAUGCUCCUUCACCUGCCAUGUAUUGGUCUCGUCCAGAUAUGUUUGGUAUGCGUCCACCGAAACUAAGAGCCCAUGCAAGUGCAGAAUACAAUGGUAAUAUGUAUGUUUUUGGUGGUACAAGCAAAACCUUGUGUUCGGAUACACUGUAUGUAUUGGAUUUAGAUACCUUUACUUGGUCUGCGCCUCGUACGUAUGGUACACCACCGCCUGCAUGUCGUGCUCAUUCUUUAUUGGCACAUCCCAAGAAUGGCAAACUCUAUUUGUUUGGUGGAGGAGAUGGGCAACGCUAUUAUCAUCAUUUCUAUAUGUUGGAUAUAGAGACCAUGACAUGGUCAUGUCCUAGAACAACAGGUCCAAAACCUUCAGAAAGAAGAGCGCAUGCUGCUGUUAUUUGGCAACAAGACAUGUAUGUGUUUGGUGGUGGGGAUGGUGCUAAAGCACUCAAUGAUCUUCAUAAACUAGACCUUGAGACAUGGGUAUGGUCUCCUGUUCAAACAACUGGUGAUCAACCUGAUUCAAGAGGAUAUCACACUGGCAAUAUGGUGGGCGAUAAGCUUGUUGUGUUUGGUGGUAGUGAUGGUAAAGAAUGCUUUGGUGAUAUUCAUGUCCUUGAUCUGCCUACACGCGUAUGGAAAAUGGUUGAUUUGGACCAUACCAUGCCGCGUUUAUCGCAUACAACCCUUCAUGUAGGAUCCUUUUUGUUUAUACUUGCUGGACAUGAUGGAGCCAAAUAUUGUAAUGAAUUAGUGAUGCUUAAUUUAGUCAAUAUGGCUUGGGAGACAAAGAAAGUGUAUGGUCAGGCACCUACACCUCGCGGCUACCAUACCAGUCUAUUGUAUGAUAGUAGAAUCUUCUUGUUUGGUGGGUUUGAUGGCACAACAUUGUCUGAUGAAGUCUAUGUAUUGGACCUAAGUAGCUAUGCUUAUUUACCACAAAUUCUUAAUUUUUCAAUUGAUUCCUAAAUAAACUCUCUCUCUUUUUUAUAUAUACAUAUAUAUAUAUAUAUAUGUUUCGCUUUGACUCUUUCAAGAAGAAUACAGAUGACCAAGGCUUUCUUCAUCGUAUGGCUCAUUCUAAAAUAGCUUCUAUAC